CUCGGUGUCAGAGCCACCGUGGGCGGGCGCCUCAGCCAUGGCCCUGCGAAAGGAGCUGCUGAAGUCCAUCUGGUACGCUUUCACCGCGCUGGACGUGGAGAAGAGCGGCAAGGUCUCCAAGUCCCAGCUCAAGCAAACUCACAGAAAGCUGCAACCCCCAGGGACACAAUGAUCGCUCCAACAAUGUGCAAUCGCAGACGCCUGGCCAGAAGGCCACGCAUCUGGUCUCCUCAAAGCCCUGGAAGACAUGGUGCUGUCCCACAACCUGUACACGGUCCUGCACAUCCCCCACGACCCCGUGGCUCUGGAGGAGCACUUCCGAGACGAUGACGAUGGCCCCGUGUCCAGCCAGGGAUACAUGCCCUACCUCAACAAGUACAUCCUGGACAAGGUGGAGGAGGGGGCUUUUGUUAAGGAGCACUUUGAUGAGCUGUGCUGGACCCUGACGGCCAAGAAGAACUACCGGGCGGGUAGCAACGGGAACAGCAUGCUCUCCAAUCAAGACGCCUUCCGCCUCUGGUGCCUCUUCAACUUCCUGUCUGAGGACAAGUACCCUCUGAUCAUGGUUCCCGAUGAGGUGGAGUACCUGCUGAAGAAGGUGCUCAGCAGCAUGAGCUUGGAGGUGAGCUUGGCGGAGCUGGAGGAGCUGCUGGCCCAGGAGGCCCAGGCGGCCCAGACCACCGGGGGGCUCAGCGUCUGGCAGUUCCUGGAGCUCUUCAACUCCGGCCGCUGCCUUCGCGGCGUGGGGCGGGACACCCUCAGCAUGGCCAUCCACGAGGUCUACCAGGAGCUCAUCCAAGAUGUCCUGAAGCAGGGCUACCUGUGGAAGCGAGGGCACCUGAGGAGGAACUGGGCCGAACGCUGGUUCCAGCUGCAGCCCAGCUGCCUCUGCUAUUUUGGGAGUGAAGAGUGCAAGGAGAAAAGGGGCACUAUCCCCCUGGACGGGCAGUGCUGUGUGGAGGUGCUGCCUGACCGCGAGGGAAAGCGCUGCAUGUUCUGUGUGAAGACGGCCUCCCGCACGUACGAGAUGAGCGCCUCGGACACGCGCCAGCGCCAGGAGUGGACCGCCGCCAUUCAGAUGGCCAUCCGGCUGCAGGCCGAGGGGAAGACAUCGCUGCACAAGGACCUGAAGCAGAAGCGGCGCGAGCAGCGGGAGCAGCGGGAGCGGCGCCGGGCCGCCAAGGAGGAGGAGCUGCUGCGGUUGCAGCAGCUGCAGGAGGAGAAGGAGCGGAAGCUGCAGGAGCUGGAGCUGCUGCAGGAGGCGCAGCGGCAGGCGGAGCGCCUGCUGCAGGAGGAGGAGGCGCGGCGCCGCAGCCAGCACCAGGAGCUGCAGCAGGCGCUGGAGGGCCAGCUGCGGGAGGCCGAGCAGGCCCGGGCAUCCAUGCAGGCUGAGAUGGAGCUGAAGGAGGAGGAGGCCGCCCGGCAGCGGCAGCGCAUCGAGGAGCUGGAGGACAUGCAGCAGAGGCUUCAGGAGGCUCUGCAACUGGAGGUGAAAGCUCGACGGGACGAGGAGGCCGUGCGCCUGGCCCAGACCAGGCUGCUGGAGGAGGAGGAGGAGAAGCUGAAGCGGCUGAUGCGGAUGAAGGAGGACCAGGAGCGCUACAUCGAGCAGGCGCAGCAGGAGAAGCAAGAGCUGCAGCAGGAGAUGGCCAUGCAGAGCCGCUCCCUGCAGCUGGCCCAGCAGCAGCUGGAGGAGGUGCGGCAGAACCGGCAGAGGGCGGAUGAGGACGUGGAGGCCGCCAAGCGGAAGUUGCGCCAGGCCAGCACCAACGUGAGACACUGGAAUGUCCAGAUGAACAGGCUCAUGCAUCCAAUUGAACCUGGAGACAAGCGUCCCACCACCAGCAGCUCCUUCACGGGCUUCCAGCCCCCUCUCCUUGCCCGCCGAGACUCCUCCCUGAAGCGCCUGACCCGCUGGGGAUCCCAGGGCAGCAGGACCACCUCACCCAGCACCAGUGAGCAGCAGAAGUCCCUCAACGGUGGGGAUGAGGCUCCCAUCUCGGCUUCCGGCCCUCAGGAAGAUAAACUGGACCCAGAACCAGAAAACUAGCCUUUGCUAGCCUCUUUCCCCCCAACCUCAUGCCCACCAGGACCUGCCACAGCUGGCCUGUGGGUGACACUGGCCCCUGCAAAGAGGGAGCUGAGGACCUGGUGUCAGGGGCCGAGGCCCUCCAACCACGAAACAAUCCGGAAUGGAACCUAGUUUAUUUUUGGCAUCAGCCCCAGGCCCCAGGCCACUAAGGCUGCCUGGGAUGUUGAUCCUUGAAAACUUGAUCCUGUGCCUUAACCCCAAGGAUCCUAGGCCCUGGGCUGGAAAAGAGUAAACAAGCAAGCCAGGGGCCAUGAGCCCCAGACUGCCACCAAGUCGUGGAGGCACAUUUCCAAAUAAAAACUUCUUGGAGUGAAUUAUUGA